UUACAUAUAAGACAUGCUACAAAAAUGUCAUUUGACAUAAUUGACAUUUAUUAUUUAGUAAUUUUUUCAAAAAAAUGUUGAGGUAAAUGUAAUACUUUUAGACAUUAUUUAAAUGUCGUUUAUGUCAAAUGUCAAUUUUAAUAAAUUACAGUAACAUUACAGUAACAUUACAGUAACAUUACAGUAACAUUACAGUAACAUUACAGUAACAUUACAGUAACAUUACAGUAACAUUACAAAUAUUUUACUGAUUAAUUAUAAUUCUUUUUCACUUUAUCAUAGAAAAAUUAAAAAUUUUUAAGUAUUUCAUAUAAGCGUGUAAUAUUUUAGUAAUGUAACUGUAAUAUUACGUGCUACUUAAGAAAAUCUACUUCGUACCAUAAUAAUCUCUGUCGUACCAAAAUAAAUCCUAUUGGCAGUAUUUAUAUUUGUUGUGUAAAUUUUGUCAUGAAAUUAAAGUUAAGGUUUCUAAUUUUUCAGUUACUUUUGACAGUCGUCAGCUUGAAAAAAUUGUAACUAUCAGAUCCAUUAUAAUGAAUCGUGAAAGAAGAAAUAAGAGGGUUCUCGAUGCUGAUUAUGACCCUAAAGAUGUACAUCCGACAACUCGUUGGAGAUGGGGAAAAAAAUUGAAUGUUCAUUUACAGAAGAAUAUUAAAAUCGAUUUAGAAACAUCAACGCUUGAUAAUCAGAUGAAUGUAUCAGAAAGAGAAAUUACAGCUUCUUCGAAAUCUUACGUAGAUGAGUUAAAUGUGAAUAUGAGUCCCUCAGCGAAUUCUAUUAACAAUUGUUCAUUGGAAUAUGAGAUGACUUCUAACACUAUGCAAGAGCGCCAACGGUUUGUUCUCAGUUCUUCAAGUGAUACCAGUGAUAAUGAUUGGAACGAUUAUAAAGAUUGUAACAACUGUUCAUUGGAUUUCCAGAUGGCUUCAGAUGUGCCCUUUGAAAUGACUACUUCGUUAGAACAAGAAUGUGAGAUACGAAAGUAUGCAUUUAAAAAUACUUUGCAAAAGCAACAAGGGUUCGUUUCCAGUUCUUCAAGUGAUACCAGCGAUAAUGAUUGGAGCGAUUAUGAAGAUUGUGAAGAUGGUUAUGAAAGUGAUGAAUGCGUAAUAGAGACUGAAUCUGCUACAAUGCAGUAUAAAAAAAUGAGUCACGCCAUAAUGUUUCCUAAAGCUCAAUUAACUACUCGUGAUGUAUCAUUAAUGAUAAUGGCUUAUAGUAUACGAUUUCAUUGUACGUAUGAAGCCCGAGAUGCAUUGUUUGAAAUGUGUAAACAAUUUGCUGGUGAUGAAUUUCAAAAUUGGAACACCAGUAAAUUCGUAAUGAAUCAGUUAUACGAUCCACCUGAUGAAGUAAUUACGUUAUGUUUUAUAUGUGAAAAAUGUUUUAAGACAUUAAUGCCACCAAUUUCAAAAAAAAAAUUUAAAAAUUGUAAUAUUAAGUGUACGUGUGGGUUAGAUUAUAACUUGACAACAGAAUCAUCAAAUUACGUGAUUGCUGUAGAUUUAAAAUAUCAACUUGAAGUUCUUUUUAAAGAUGAAGAAAUAAAAACUGGGUUACUAAAGAACAUUCGCGAUAUAAUGUUACGUAAAAAUGAUUCUGGUAAAAUAAAUGAUGUCUAUGACGGAUUAUUGUAUAAAAAAUUACAAAGAAAAUAUCCUGAAAACGAUUUCAUAACAUUGAAUUUUAAUACAGACGGUGCUCCUUUGUGUAAUAGUGCCAAAAAAUCAUUUUGGCCACUGCAAGUUACCGUUCAAGAAUUGCCACCCAAACUUCGGUUCAAAUAUCCUAUUCUUGCUGGCUUGAGCAUAAAUAAAAAAGAGCCGACAUGGAAAUUUAUGAAUUCUUACAUGCAACUUUUCGUAAAUCAAAUGGAACUUUUAGCUGAAAAGGGGAUUCAAAUAACAGAUGAAAAUGGAAUGUCAUUAACAUUAAAAGUUCUUCCUCUAUAUUCUUCAGUUGAUUCAGUUGCUAGACCUAUUUUACAAAACAGAUUGCAAUACAAUGCGUAUUAUGGAUGUAGUUGGUGUUAUGAAAAAGGUGUUUAUGAUAGUAGAGCGAUACGUUAUCCUGUAAAAGAGAACGAUGCUAAGUUGAGAACUGUUAAAAGCCAUAAAAAAGACUGCAAAGAUGUAGAGAAAUUCAAAAAACCAACAAUACGUGGAAUAAAAGGUACUUCUGUCCUGCUUUCCUUAUUAACAUUCGAUAUAGUAUGGGGAUUUCCUGUCGAUUAUUUACAUGCAGUACUUCUAGGCGUAGUGAAAUAUAUAUUUAAUAUUUGGAUUGAAGCAAAUAUUAUAACGACAGGGAACCUUAGGAAGUUAAAUGAAAAACUUUUGCAAAUGACUCCUCCUCAAGAAAUUCAUCGUCAACCAAGACCAAUAAAUGAGAAAGCUAAAUGGAAAGCUUCGGAAUGGCGAUCCUUUUUGUUAUUUUACUCUGUUAUAUGUUUGAAAGAUCUAAUUCCAGCGGAAGUUUUAAAUCACUAUGCGUUACUCGUAGAAAGUAUCUUUAUUCUACUAAAGGAUUCUAUAUCUGAAGAAGAAUUAAGAAUAUGUGAAGAAAAAUUGCUCAUUUUCGUUGCUAAAUUGCAGGAGAUGUUUGGCAACAGCGUUAUGACCUUUAACAUUCAUAGCCUACUACAUUUAGUUGAAUCUGUACGUAGAACAGGACCUUUAUGGACUACAUCAACCUUUCCUUUCGAAGGUGCAAUUUUCUACCUUAAACAAGCAGUUACAGGACCUAAAGGGGUUUUUGAUCAGAUAGCAAAACGAACAUUAUUAAAACUUAGUUUUGAUUAUACUCUCAAAAAACUUGCAACGUCUGAAAAGUGUCUUAAUUUUUGUGGAAAUAUUUUCUCUCAUUCUAAAUGUAAAAAUGCUGUCAAACAAAGUAAUGAAAUAGUACUUCUGGACACUUUGGGAGAAAAUGAAAAAAAUGAAAAACUGUUUAAACGUUGCAUAUACAAGUCUACAAUGUUCCAUAGUACAAAGUACAACAGAACCACUAAAACAAAUGACACAUUUGUCGUUUUAAUGUCUAAUGAAAUUGGCGAAAUUACAGAGUUUCAGCUUAUAAAUGGCAAUACCUUUAUAUUAUUAAAUUUGUUUAGCGAAAUUUCUGACAAUGCGAUACCAGUUUCUCAUAUAAAAAGAAUUCAACGAACUACAUUAGUCGUAAAAGUCCCAUUAGAAUUAAUUCAGGAAAAAUUAAUGUAUAUGAAAGUGGAUAAUACUUUUUAUGUUUCAAAAUUGCCAAAUACAAUAGAAAUACAGUAAUAACUAUAAUAAGCUAGAAACCGAAAUAUUGUAAAAUACAUUUAUACAGAACAGAAGGAUUUUAUGUACAUGACUUUGCGAUACGGCCUUUUAAUUGAGAGUACAAUUAUAAUACCGUUUAAUAUAAUAUUGUAACUAGUUUAAUAAUUACUAAUUAUGUUCAGAACUUUUAUA